CCUCCCUCCGCGGGGCUGUUUUUGGGGAGCUGCCCUGGGAUUGCAGCCGGGACUGGGGAUGGCGGCCGCAAGAUAAAAAGUACACAUACACUUCAUACAAUAAUCCGAUGAAUGUAAAAGAGGGGGCGAGCGAACCAUGUCGGCUUCGGGCCCCAUCAGCAACUACUACGUGGACUCGCUGAUCGGCCCCGACAACGAGGAGCUGCUCGCCCCGCGCUUCGCCGGCCCCGGCGCCGCUCGCCCCGCAGGACUGGUGCCGGACUGCGCCGACUUCCCCUCGUGCAGUUUCGCCCCCAAACCCGCCGUGUUCACCACCUCGUGGGCGCCCGUGCCCUCGCAGCCCUCGGUGGGCUACCCCCACCCGCACCCCGCGGGCCCCUACGCGCCGCAGGCGGCCGAGCCCAGGUACGUGCGGACCUGGCUGGAGCCGCUGGCCGGGGCCGUGUCCUUCCCGGCCUUCGGGGCUCGGCCCUACGGCCUCAAGGCGGACGCGUUCGGGCCUCCGCGCCGCGCCGAGUGCGGCCCCGCCGACGGCCGCGCCUACGCGGAUUUCGUGUACGCGGCUCCCGGGGAGCUGCGGGAGCGAGCGGCGCAGAACAUCCCGUCCUCCCCCGAGUCCGAGGCCAUCGCCGCCGGCAAACACAAAGAAGAAAAGCACGAAUUAGACCCCAACAACCCCGUGGCAAAUUGGAUUCACGCGCGCUCCACGAGGAAGAAACGAUGCCCUUACACAAAAUAUCAGACCCUGGAACUGGAAAAAGAGUUUUUAUUCAAUAUGUACCUCACGCGGGACCGGAGGUACGAAGUGGCGCGGGUGCUGAACCUCACGGAACGCCAGGUCAAAAUCUGGUUUCAGAACAGGCGAAUGAAAAUGAAGAAAAUGAAUAAAGAGAAAAGCGAUAAGGAGCAGCAAUAAUAAUAAUAAUAAAAAUUAUAAAAAUAAUAAAUAAAAAAAAAAACCACACCACAAAAAAAAAAAAAAAAAAAAAGUUUGGCGGAGAGAAACGAGGGUGGAGAGGGAAAAAGAAACAGAGGAAAAAAAAACAUUAAAAAAGGGGGGGAAAGGGAAAAUAAUAAUAAUAAAAAAAAGGGGUGAAAUGUUUCUGACUUUGAAUGUGCGGAUGAAUGUUUAGCGGUAGAGCUCUGGGGACUCGAGGCUUUUCUAAAAUGCGACUAAAACCAGAAAAAACAACAAUCCAAGGUGCCCGGGGGGGUUUGGUUUUCUCUUCCUUUCUUCCGCCUUGCUCUGCCCUCAGCAAAAGCGGCGCGAGAAGUACUUGAAUUUUUAUUUUGCUGGUUUUUUAUUGUUAUUAUAUUUUAUGUCCUAAAUUAAAACUCCAUCCAGUAUUUUGAAUUUUUUCCCGGAUUUUUUUUUUUUUUUUUUUUUUUUUUUUGGAAUCCCGCGUGAAUAUUUUGUACAAAAAAAAAAAAAAAAAAAAAAAAGAUUAAAAAAAAAAAACGAGGAAAAAGGAGGAAAAAAUAUACGGAAAAAAAAAAGGACUGGAGGGAAUGGUGGCUCCCGAUGCUGAUGUUCUGUCACGGUGUUGAACGUUUCUGCUGUACCGAUUUUGUGUAUUUUAUUCUCGUCUCAGACCCGUUCUGUAAUAUUUGUUCUGUUGCCUAUUGUAGAGCAGCUCUGUAAAUAUACCUUAAAAAAAAAAAAGAAAAAACAAAAAAAAACCCACCCGAAAACAACAAAGCGGCAAAAAAAA